AUGCAAUGUGAUAAAGAUUUUUCAACGAUUGGUAAUUUAAGAGAUCAUGAAAGGAGACACUUCAAAAUAAAACAUUACUAGCUGACCAAGCAUCUCUAAAAAAGGCAUUCAAAUUAACUUAUUGAUGAAAAUACAAUGACUCUAAAAUUAUCUAGUGGUAUAGAUUUCUAGUAAAGCAAUAUUAACAAAGUCUAGUACUUUGAUGAUUAAAUAGAGAAGAGUUUUACAUUCCUAGAAUACGAGGCCUCAAAUGAACCCAAGUUCAAUGAAUAGCAAUUACAUUAAGAGGAUCCUUAAUCUUCUCAACAAAUCAUGAGUAAAUUAUUUAAAGAUGAAGUAGAUUGUUACCUAGCUUCAUACUAAGGUAGAUCAAUAGAUUUGUUUCCGGAAGAUUAAUAAUCAAAUGAAAAGGCAGAUGAUAUUUAGGAUUAAACUAUAUAGUAGAUUCAGCCUUAAGAAUUGGGCUUUAAAUCUUUGGAAUGA